AUGGUGAGCCAGCACGACGAUGAGGGUCGUGUUAUUCGUAACCAGAGGAAGGGUCGUGGAUCCAUCUUCACUGCCAACACUCGUCUCAACAAGGCUCCGGCCAAGUUCCGAACAUACGACUAUGCUGAGCGACACGGCUACGUCCGCGGAGUGGUGAAGGAGAUCAUCCACGAUGCUGGACGUGGUGCACCACUCGCCAAGGUCGUUUUCCGUGACCCGUACCGAUACAAACUUCACACCGAGACCUUCAUUGCCAACGAGGGCAUGUACACUGGCCAGUUCAUCUACGCCGGAAAGAACGCCGCUCUCACCGUCGGCAACGUCCUCCCGCUUGGCUCCAUCCCCGAAGGUACCGUUGUCAGCAACGUGGAGGAGAAGAUUGGUGACCGAGGUGCUCUUGGCCGAACGAGCGGAAACUACGUCACCGUCAUUGGCCACAACCCCGACGAGGGCAAGACCCGCAUCAAGCUCCCAUCUGGCGCGAAGAAGGUUGUCAAGAGCACUGUCCGUGGCAUGAUCGGUAUUGUUGCUGGAGGUGGACGAACCGACAAGCCUCUGUUGAAGGCCUCGCGCGCCAAGCAUAAGUUCGCCGUCAAGCGUCACUCAUGGCCCCGAACUCGUGGUGUUGCCAUGAACCCCGUGGAUCACCCUCACGGUGGUGGUAACCACCAGCACAUUGGUAAGGCGUCUACCAUUUCACGAUACGCCACUCAAGGUCAAAAGGCUGGUCUCAUUGCCGCGAGGAGAACUGGUCUUCUGCGUGGUACUCAAAAGGUCAAGGACUAA